UCCAUGAUUUUGAAGCAGUUGACGAUUUUAACAUUCUUUUCGAUAUGGCCAUCCUCACUAACAGGUACGGCCAUAUCGCCCCGAAAACGACAUGGGGAAAAGUCGUUACAAUAUUUUACGCCAUCUUGGGAAUUCCGUUAAUGCUACUUUGUUUAUCGAAUAUCGGCGAUAUUAUGGCGACGUCGUUCAGAUUUCUAUAUUGGCGGGUGUGUUGUUACGUUUGCACGAAAAAACCGAAAAAGAUGAAGAGAGCCAAGUCGGUCCGGAAUGGUAAUCGAACAGAUGGCAGCAGAUUCUCAAGAUCACGAAAUGCAUCGUUCAGAAGAUCUAUGAGGACAUCUACAAGAUCUGCUGACAGCGGUUUUGGUUUGUCGGAUGUUCGACCAUCCUCUCAUUCUGAUACAGAUUUGAGAUACAAUGGAGGAUCUGGUUGCCGUAGUUCCAGCGUGCCAAGGCCGCGGUCCAGCAAAUGGAACAGAGAUUCAGAAAAUUCUAACAAUCGGAAAAUAAGUCACAUUUCAACCACAUCCUCCCAGUUUCAAGGAAACCAUGUUCAACAUAGAGGACACUCAUUGGACAGAAAGCGACAUUUGCGAGACAUCGAAAUAGAACUGGAUCCAAUAUUGUUGGAUAACAGUUCGAUUUUGUGCAACAAGUAUGUUGUUGGUAAAAAUGAUGGCUUUGCCAGGACCAUACCAGGUAAAGGUAAAGAUCCCCUGCUUUGUUUAAUCCAUUUUUGA